CAUGGCCGCGCCGCUCCAGCGGGGGCGGGCCCUGGGCCCCCGCCGUUGGGGUCCCACAGUUUCCAGCAGCCGCUUUCCUCAGUGCCCGGUGGCCCAGGAGGGCCUGGGAGCCCGAGGCCGUCCCCGAGUCGCUCCUGGGUCACUGGCGCGAUGCGGGCCGUCCUCUCGGCUGAUGGGUUGGAAGCCCAGCGAGGCUAGAGGCCAGUCCCAAAGUCUCCAGACAUCAGGGCUGCAGCCCAGGAGCCUCAAGGCGCCCCGGCGGGCGACUGGACGGCCGGACAGGUCCCGAGCAGCCCCGCCCACCAUGGACCCCUCUGCCCACAGGUCCCGAGCAGCCCCGCCCACCAUGGACCCAGACCCCCAGGCAGGCGUGCAGGUGGGCAUGCGGGUGGUGCGCGGCGUGGACUGGAAGUGGGGCCAGCAGGACGGCGGCGAGGGCGGCGUGGGCACGGUGGUGGAGCUUGGCCGCCACGGCAGCCCCUCGACACCUGACCGCACAGUGGUCGUGCAGUGGGACCAGGGCACGCGCACCAACUACCGCGCCGGCUACCAGGGCGCGCACGACCUGCUGCUCUACGACAACGCCCAGAUCGGCGUCCGGCAUCCCAACAUCAUCUGUGACUGCUGCAAGAAGCACGGGCUGCGGGGGAUGCGCUGGAAGUGCCGCGUGUGCCUGGACUACGACCUCUGCACGCAGUGCUACAUGCACAACAAGCACGAGCUCGCCCACGCCUUCGACCGCUACGAGACCGCUCACUCGCGCCCUGUCACACUGAGUCCCCGCCAGGGCCUCCUGAGGAUCCCACUAAGGGGCAUCUUCCAGGGAGCAAAGGUGGUGCGAGGGCCCGACUGGGAGUGGGGCUCACAGGAUGGAGGGGAAGGGAAACCAGGCCGUGUGGUGGACAUCCGUGGCUGGGAUGUGGAGACAGGCCGGAGUGUGGCCAGCGUGACGUGGGCUGAUGGUACCACCAACGUGUACCGUGUGGGCCACAAGGGCAAGGUGGACCUCAAGUGUGUGGGCGAGGCAGCGGGCGGCUUCUACUACAAGGACCACCUCCCAAGGCUUGGCAAGCCGGCCGAGCUGCAGCGCAGGGUGAGUGCUGACAGCCAGCCCUUCCAGCAUGGGGACAAGGUCAAAUGUCUGCUGGACACCGACGUCCUGCGGGAGAUGCAGGAAGGCCACGGCGGCUGGAACCCCAGGAUGGCGGAGUUUAUCGGACAGACGGGCACCGUGCAUCGCAUCACGGACCGCGGGGACGUGCGCGUGCAGUUCAACCACGAGACGCGCUGGACCUUCCACCCCGGGGCGCUCACCAAGCACCACUCCUUCUGGGUGGGCGACGUGGUCCGGGUCAUCGGUGACCUUGACACAGUGAAGCGGCUGCAGGCUGGGCACGGCGAGUGGACGGAUGACAUGGCCCCUGCCCUGGGCCGCGUUGGCAAAGUGGUGAAAGUGUUUGGAGACGGGAACCUGCGUGUAGCAGUCGCUGGUCAGCGGUGGACCUUCAGCCCCUCCUGCCUGGUGGCCUACCGGCCCGAGGAGGAUGCCAACCUGGACGUGGCUGAGCGCGCCCGGGAGAACAAAAGCUCACUGAGCGUGGCCCUGGACAAGCUUCGGGCCCAGAAGAGUGACCCAGAGCACCUGGGAAGGCUGGUGGUGGAGGUGGCGCUGGGUAACGCAGCCCGGGCUCUGGACCUGCUGCGGAGGCGCCCAGAGCAGGUGGACACCAAGAACCAAGGCAGGACCGCUCUGCAAGUGGCUGCCUAUCUGGGCCAGGUGGAGUUGGUACGGCUGCUGCUACAAGCCAGGGCGGGUGUGGACCUGCCGGACGACGAGGGCAACACGGCGCUGCACUACGCGGCCCUGGGGAACCAGCCGGAGGCCGCCAGGGUGCUCCUGAAUGCUGGGUGCCGGGCGGAUGCCCUCAACAGCACUCAGAGCACAGCGCUGCACGUGGCCGUGCAGAGGGGCUUCCUGGAGGUGGUGCGCGCUCUGUGUGAGCGCGGCUGUGACGUCAACCUGCCCGACGCCCACUCGGACACGCCCCUGCACUCCGCCAUCUCGGCGGGCACUGGAGCCAGCGGCAUUGUCGAGGUCCUCACGGAGGUGCCAAACAUCGAUGUCACCGCCACCAACAGCCAGGGUUUCACCCUGCUUCACCAUGCCUCCCUCAAGGGCCAUGCGCUAGCUGUGAGAAAGAUUCUGGCUCGGGCGCGGCAGCUGGUGGACGCCAAGAAGGAGGACGGCUUCACGGCGCUGCACCUGGCCGCGCUCAACAACCACCGCGAGGUGGCGCAGAUCCUCAUCCGGGAGGGCCGCUGUGACGUGAAUGUGCGCAACCGGAAGCUGCAGUCCCCGCUGCAUCUAGCCGUGCAGCAGGCCCACGUGGGGCUGGUGCCACUACUGGUGGACGCUGGGUGCAGUGUCAACGCCGAGGACGAGGAGGGGGACACAGCCCUGCACGUGGCGCUGCAGCGUCAUCAGCUGCUGCCCCUGGUGGCUGAUGGGGCCGGGGGGGACCCAGGGCCCUUGCAGCUGCUGUCCAGGCUGCAGGCCUCGGGCCUCCCUGGCAGCGCGGAGCUGACGGUGGGCGCGGCGGUCGCCUGCUUCCUGGCGCUGGAGGGCGCCGACGUGAGCUACACCAACCACCGCGGCCGGAGCCCGCUGGACCUGGCCGCCGAGGGCCGCGUGCUCAAGGCCCUUCAGGGCUGUGCCCAGCGCUUCCGGGAGCGGCAGGCGGGCGGGGGCGCGGCCCCAGGCCCCAGGCCCACGCUCGGGACCCCCAACACCGUGACGAACCUGCACGUGGGCGCCGCGCCGGGGCCCGAGGCCGCUGAGUGCCUGGUGUGCUCCGAGUUGGCGCUGCUGGUGCUGUUCUCGCCGUGCCAGCACCGCACCGUGUGUGAAGAGUGCGCGCGCAGGAUGAAGAAGUGCAUCAGGUGCCAGGUGGUCGUCAGCAAGAAACUGCGCGCAGACGGCUCUGAGGUGGCGAGCGCCGCCCCCGCCCCCGGCCCGCCGCGCCAGCUGGUGGAGGAGCUGCAGAGCCGCUACCGGCAGAUGGAGGAGCGUAUCACCUGCCCCAUCUGCAUCGACAGCCACAUCCGCCUCGUGUUCCAGUGCGGCCACGGCGCAUGCGCCCCCUGCGGCUCCGCGCUCAGCGCCUGCCCCAUCUGCCGCCAGCCCAUCCGCGACCGCAUCCAGAUCUUCGUGUGAGCCGCGCCGUCCGCCACGCCCGAGCUGCCUUCGCGUGCCCCCGCCCUGUGUUUUAUAAAAAGAUUCUCGGA